CUCACGUUGGAGCCCCGGCCGCCGCUGCUGCUGCUGCUGCCAGCUCUGGCUCUGGAUCACCUGCCCGGCGGCAGCGGCGGCGGCGGGGAAGGGGAAGGUGCUUCAUCCUGGGCUCCCCGCCGGUGGUGCCUUCCUCUUCCUCCUCUUCCUCGGCCGCCAGCGCCGCCAGCCGCGGGUAUAUGGAGAGGAGCUCGUUGCGGCAGCUCGUUCAGGAGCAGCUUGAUCCCAAAAACACCGGUUUUGUUGGAGUGGAGACCUUCGCCAGCCUGGUCCACAGCCAUGAACUCCCUCUGGAUCCUGCAAAACUGGAGAUGUUGGUGGCCUUGGCACAGAGCAACGACGAGGGUCAGAUCUGCUAUCAGGAGCUGGUAGAUCUGGUCAGUGGCAUCAGCAGCAAACGUUCCAGCAGCUUCAAGCGGGCCAUCGCCAAUGGACAGAGGGCCCUGCCUCAGGAUGGCCUCCUGGAUGAGACCGGGCUGGGCUUCUACAAACGCUUUGUGCGCUAUGUGGCAUACGAGAUCCUCCCGUGUGAGAUGCACCGACGGUGGUACUUCUACCAGCACCGUGCCUGUCCUCCGCCGGUCUUCAUGGCUGUGGUCACACUCACCCAGAUUAUCGUUUUCCUUUGCUACGGAGCACGGCUGAACAAGUGGGUGUUACAGACCUACCAUCCAGAGUACAUGAAAAGCCCUUUGGUCUAUCAUCCUGGACAUCGUGCCCGGGCCUGGAGGUUUCUCACAUACAUGUUCAUGCAUGUAGGAUUAGAACAGCUGGGGUUCAACGCGCUCCUGCAGCUGAUGAUCGGGGUACCACUAGAGAUGGUGCAUGGCGUUCUUCGCAUCAGCUUCCUCUACCUCGCAGGAGUCCUGGCAGGUUCGCUGACUGUCUCCAUCACCGACAUGAGAGCCCCCCUGGUUGGAGGUUCAGGGGGCGUCUACGCCCUUUGCUCGGCUCACCUGGCCAACGUCGUCAUGAAUUGGGCUGGGAUGCGUUGCCCCUAUAAACUCCUCCGUAUGGUGCUGGCAUUGGUGUGCAUGAGUUCCGAAGUGGGCCGUGCCGUCUGGCUGCGUUUCUCACCGCCGUUGCCCUCCGCUGGCCCCCAGCCCAGUUUCAUGGCCCACUUGGCCGGAGCCAUUGUGGGCAUCAGCAUGGGCCUGACCAUCCUUCGCAGCUAUGAGGAAAACCUGCAGGAUCAGUGCGGGUGGUGGGUGGUGCUCCUGUCCUAUGCCACCUUCCUGGUUUUCGCCGUCUUCUGGAACAUCUUCGCUUACGACCUCCUGGGCACACAGAUCCCGCUGCCCCCGUAGCCCUCAGCCCAGCCCGGGUUCUCUUGGCAUCUGGAUGACCCUGGGAAGGCCCAGACUUUUGCAGGGU